ACUCGUGACACUUGGACUCGACCUUUUUCUGGCCAAUCAACGACUACUGUUAUUUGGUCUAGGCGCUAUGUACGGAAAUGAUUGAUCAACUGGUAUGAAUGUGGUGGCUUGUGUCUGUUUCUGGAGUUGAUAAAGGUCUUGUGAGUGUUUACGGCCAACGAAAAUCAGCACCGGUCAUGCUACAAAGCGUUGCUGGAUAACGUGAGCCUUGUCAGGAUGUACUGUGUGUUGUACCCCAUCACGGAGUUCACAGUUCUUCAUGCGUGCCACGUUCAUGUUUCAAGGCAUAGAGUCUAAAGGUGCAUCGUAAUAAUUAUUUCCCAGCAAAUCGGCGAGACAGAGCGUGUCGGGCAUCAGGAGCCUCAUGUGAAAGUGCUGCGUGCGCGGCGCCAUGGAGGCUCGCGCCGCGGCCGCCUUCCUCGGGCUGCUCUUCCUCCUUCUACCAAGGCAGGCUUCUUCUAUGAGUCUCAACGGCAGGACUUCCCGGGAGUUACAUGACGACUGGGAUACAAUCUCGGCUCGAAUGAAACGGAUGGCAGAUCCCAAUCGACGGUAUCCUCCAACUCAUGUCUUCAGGGACCGAAAUGGAACAGUAUGCUCGGACGUGAUGGCGAGGAACACAGUCUCACACCUGACGUUGCAGUUGGACAACUGCACUGUGGUGGAAGGCUCAGUGCUGAUCAUGCUGAUGGGCAACCAGCGGGAAGAUUUUUGGAACGGUGUCAGCUUUCCCAUGCUCAGGGAGAUUACGGGAUACCUGUUGCUCUACCGGGCGGGUGGACUUCUUUCCUUGGGACAGCUCUUUCCUAACCUGGCUGUCAUACGCGGCUCCACCUUGUUCAUGAACUAUGCCCUCGUGGUGUUCGAGAUGGAGCACCUGCAACAACUGGGCCUGUCACGGCUGACGGCAAUCCUGCGAGGCUCCGUGCGAGUGGAGAAGAAUCCGCAGCUGUGUUUUACGGACACUGUGAACUGGGAGCAGAUCAUGUACCAGAACGAGUCGUCAGCUAACAUGUUCAUGGCAGACAACCAGGACCCGGCCGAAUGCCCACCAUGCCCAGACCAUUGUCCGCUGAGGCCCAGUGGAACGUCAGGGCAGAGACUCUGCUGGGAUCCACAUCAUUGCCAGAGAGUGUGUCCCGCUAGAUGUGGAGGGCCCUCAGGGAUAUGUGACGAAGAGGACAAGAACAACUGCUGUGAUGCAAAAUGCCUAGGAGGUUGUCGAGGUGCGUCUCCGGGACACCUUGGAUGUGUUGCUUGCAAACACUACCUCUUUGAUGGUAACUGUGUCACCAGCUGUCCUCCCAACACAUACAAGUUCAUGGAGCGGCGCUGUGUAGGCGAAGCCUUCUGCCGUAGCCAAAAGAAAGAUGACUACGGGGCGAUGAUGAACUUCAUCCCAUUUAAGGGGGAAUGUCUCAUGUACUGUCCACCCAACUACGUGCGGGAAAACGGCAUGUGUCGGAGGUGCUCGGGUCGCUGUCCCAAAAUAUGUCCAGGCUUUUUGGUAGACAGUGCAGCGUCAGCCCAAAGGGUGAAGGACUGCACCUACAUCAAUGGAUCUCUUCACAUUCAGAUUCCUGGAGCAGGCAAUAUACUGAAAGAGCUGGAAGAGUAUCUUCACACAGUGCAGGAGAUCAGGGACUCCCUGAAGGUGACACGUUCCAAUCAACUUAUCUCGCUUAAUUUUCUCAAGAACCUGCAUACCAUCCACGGAGAGAACCUGGAACGCAACCGGUAUUCGCUCCUGGUGCUUGAUAACCAAAAUCUACAGCUCCUGUGGGACUGGUCGAAUCGAUUGAAGAAUGAGACGCUGACGUUGAGAAAAGGAACCGUGUUCUUCCAUCUGAAUCCCAAACUGUGCCUGAAUCACAUUGAAGUGCUGAGGAAGCGAGGGAGGGUUUACCAAAACUGGACAGACGACGACGUCUCGCGGUCAACAAAUGGGGACCGUGCUGCUUGUGACGUACACAAGCUACACGUCACCAUCAUAAAAAUUAGGAGUCGAGGAGCCCUCAUCAACUGGACUAACGAGCUGGAAGAAGGGAACAUUCUGGACCAACGUCACCUGCUGGGAUACGUAACCUACUACCGUGAGGCGCCUCACCGGAACGUCACCCUCUAUGAUGGCCGUGAUGCCUGCAAAGGAGAUGUCUGGAACAUGAUAGAUACUGAAAAGGGCCAUUUCGAGCAGUUCAUUUCACCACUGAAGCCUUUCACACAGUAUGCAUUCUAUGUGAAAGCGUACAUUUUGCCCCCGGAGACAAAGGGAGCUCAGAGUGACAUUUUUUACUUCCGAACAGACCCAUCAGCCCCUUCGCAACCGUUGAUGCUGAAAGCUCGUGCCUUGAAGGAUAGCAAAGCAGAGAUUGUCUGGCAGCCCCCUAGGACACCAAACGGGGACGUGCGGUUCUACAGAGUUCUAGGGGAGGGUGAAGUGGAUGACCCCAGGUCACGUUACUUGGGUGAAGGGCGAAACUAUUGUGAACAUCCUGGUCUACUGGGUGGAGGAGGAAAGAUGAGCAGUGAGGGGUUUACGGAGAGUACCCUGGAACCCUCUCUCUUCGAUGACAAGACCUCUUCCAUUUCUAAACCGGAAGAAAAGUGUUGCUCAUGUGCAGCGGUAGAAAAUACAGAGGACAAAAUACGCAAUCGUGAACUCUUGGAACAGAUAGUUGAAGACAGGAACAGCUUUGAAAAUCGCAUCCAGAACCUUGCCUUCAUAAAAAAACCGCCGUCCAUGCCCAAAAAUAGCCGAAGGAUGCGCAGGUCCCUAGGUGACAAAGAAGCUGGGAGUAAUGGGCUGGUGGCAUUUGAGGGCCUCGUUACAAACGAAACCAGUGAGAAGGAGUUCCACAUUAAUAUUCCUGUGGUCACGGAAGGAGCCACACACAAUAAGAAGGCCGAGCUGAGGGACAAGUGUGAAGAGAUAUCUGCUGCUCAGGAAAGUGGAACCACAUCCAAGACGUUUUGUCACUGGGUGACCAAUGACACCAGGCUCCUUCAGGGCGCGCUGCAUCGCUUCACAGAGUAUUCUAUAAGGGUGCUAGCUUGCUACAGGAAGCCUCCUGACUGGCAUCCUUCAGAAAGGGAUUGUGAGACCCGCACAUUGUAUGGCACUUGGGAAAUGUGCUGCAGUAUUGAAGCUAUCACUAGCAUACGCACCAUGCCUGUUAUGGAGGCCGAUGACAUCGACACCUCGUCCGUGUCUGUGCAUCGAGAGAACACGACAUCUGAAGACAGCUCUGGUGGCAUCUUUGUCAAAUGGGCACCACCAAAAGAACCCAAUGGCAUUGUCGUCUCGUACCAGAUUGAAUAUCGGAUGAUUGAUCAGGAGAAGUUCAAGGCUAUCCAGUUCUGCGUGCCUCACAACGAAUAUGCGCGGUAUGGUGGCCGUCUGGUGCACGGAUUAGCGGCAGGGAAUUAUUCGUUCCGUGUGAUGGCCUCUUCCUUGGCUGGCCCUGGGAAUUGGACGCAGCCAGUGUACUUCCUCAUUCCAGAGCAGACUGGAGGAAUGAGUCAAGGAGUGCUGGCCAGUGUGGUGCUCGUAGGUGUCAUGCUGUUCUUCAGUGUCGUGGGUGGCCUUGGCUUUGUCUACUACAGAAAAAUGCACAGGCCGCAGGAUCCAACCAUGUAUGUCUCCAUUAACCCAGAAUAUGUGAGCUCCGUGUACGAGCCAGAUGAAUGGGAAGUGCCUCGUGACAGCAUAGAGCUGGUGAAGGAGUUAGGACAGGGCUCCUUUGGCAUGGUGUACGAAGGCAUCGCCAAAAACCUCACUCCGGAGGUCGACGUGACCAAGUGUGCAGUAAAGACUGUCAAUGAAAGUGCCUCAAUUCAUGAAAGGAUUGAGUUCCUUCAAGAAGCAUCCGUGAUGAAAGCUUUCAGCUGUCAUCAUGUGGUGAAACUUCUCGGAGUUGUCUCGAAAGGGCAACCCGUUUACGUAAUCAUGGAGCUCAUGUCCAAUGGGGACCUGAAAGGGUACCUGCGUUCUCACAGGCCGGAAGAUGAGGACGAAGUGCCGGAAAACCCCUCCCUGAAACAAAUCCUACAAAUGGCAGCCGAGAUAGCGGACGGCAUGGCCUACUUGGCAGCGCACAAGUUUGUGCACCGAGACUUGGCUGCUCGCAACUGCAUGGUCGCUGAGGACCUGACUGUGAAGAUCGGGGACUUUGGUAUGACCAGAGACAUUUAUGAGACGGACUACUACCGCAAGGGGGGCAAAGGACUGCUGCCCGUGCGAUGGAUGGCUCCAGAGUCUCUCAAGGACGGCAUCUUCACCAGCCAGUCCGAUAUCUGGUCCUACGGCGUCGUGCUGUGGGAAAUGGCGACCCUGGCUUCGCAGCCUUACCAGGGCCUUGCCAACGAACAGGUGCUCAAGUACGUCAUAGAUGGCGGAGUCAUGCAGAAGCCGGAGAACUGUCCAGCAAAAUUGUACCAUAUAAUGAAACUGUGCUGGACACGAAAUCCCCGAGCACGUCCAAAGUUUGUAGAAGUCAUAGAGAUGCUCCUGGAGGACGUCAACGACCGCUUCAGGAAGGUCUCCUUCUACCACACUUCCGAACUCAAGACUCAGAGCGGGAGGUUGUCCGGUAGUAGAGGAGACAACAUCACAGCUAACAGACACUCCUCAAACAACAAUCCCCACCAGCAGCCACUGAGGCCAAGGGAGGUAGAGGAGGAGGAGGAAGAAGAGGAUGAAGCUACGGCAGAAAGCCCACUGCGGCACCAACAGCCCGAUGCCGCAUCGUUGCAGGAGAUGGACGACGAGAGACUACAGAGGUGCUUCUCGGACUGUAUCGACGACGACGAUGACGACGAACCCGUGCGCGCGGAACGGCGGACUUCGACGUCGGAGAGGCGCAAGGACCCCGCCACCUCGCUCCCGUCGUCCGAUGGGAGUAAAGGGAGCAAGGUGAGCAGUGUUUCCAAUGGCAGCCUAGCAAACGGCCGCAUAUGCUUUGCCAUGCCUGGUGGAAGGACUACAGCGUGCUAGCUGCUGCUCUUGGUGGACUUGAAUGUGUGCUGGUCAGAUAUGGCUGGUCGUGAGCUACCUCAUUGGCCGUCGGGGUCGUGGGGCUGGGCUCGCCAGACGGGCCCCUCCCCUCCCCGCCCCGACGGGCCACCGUUCCUCGGACAGUAGUGGAGGUCAUUGUUGCUGCUUCCAAAUGGAAAGUGAACUCGUGAAAGGGAAGAAGAAGAGGGAGAGGAGAGGAGAGUGAGGUGCCUGGUGUGGCCAGGAGUGCCGUAUUUACUCGGAUAUGAGCCAGCCUGCUUGUACUUCCAUGGUUCACAGUCCGUUACGUGUACAGUUGCAGGUGCCCGACACUGACUAAUAAUCUUUCUGCUAUCACACGGUGAUAAGGUGACAGCUCGUAUACGAGUAAAUACGGUUUCUUUAGCAUAAUAAGCGAAACAGAAAAGGUGAGAAGAUGAGUAUCUGUGAGAAGCUAUACUACUUUAGCCCUACUGGGGGGGGGGGGUCUCCACUUGCCCAUAUUGCAUUUAGUCUAUGACUAAGUGCGGUUAAAAUUGAGCACAAGGUGCUCUCCUUGAGGUCGUCGCCUUUGGCUUUUCAGGGCAUGCUGCCUUGUCUAUUUUUUUUUUUUUUUUGUACUUGCUUUCUGGCCUGUCGCUCUGGUAUGCAGUGGCAAAUGUGGGACAAAACAGAAGGCUGUGCAUACGGCAGGGAGAAAUGAAAUGUCGAGGAAUGGUAAGAAAGAACUCCGGAAUCUUUGAACAGUUGAGACCGUCUCAAGUCAGGUCAUCACAAACAAAAUAUGUCUCUUCCACUUCGUGCUACGACAGUUUUGUGGUAAAUUGCGUAGAUUUAUUGUACCUUAACGUUGGCUCAUGUAUCAAUAUAUCAGUUUGACGAAUCAUGAAUAGAGCCUGAAGUUUUAGGGUUUCACCCGAUUUGUCCCCGAAUUUGCACCCCGAAUUAUAGAUUGCGUCUUUAGGGUGAAACCUGAUUUUUACCUGGCAAAUUGCUCUCAGUGGGGUGUUUGUAGGAAUGCACUAACGUACUAACAGAUGCAGUUACAUCACCGUUUGCAUCAAACCACUACAGUUAGUUUCAGUAACCGAGCCCGAUUUCUCCCCGAAUUUAGCAUACAGGAAGUUUUUUCACCCGAAUUCGCAUGAAUUUAGUGCACAUGUUCAUUUACCCGAUUUUUACCUCCCGAAGUUAGAAAAAAAUAUUUCCCAAAAACUUCAGGCUCUAAUCAUGAACAGACAGAGAUAAAGAACACUAGUUACACAGUGCAAUCCCGUUAAUUCAAACUCGAAAGGGACCGAAGAUUUGUUUGAGUAGAACUGAGUUCAAGCUAAAGGGAGUCGCCCUGAAUGCACAAAGUCUGUGGUCACGCAAUGGCGGAAAUAUAAGGGGCUCGUCCUCUCCAGAAUAUUCAUCUUCAGGCAAGCAUCAAAAGAGCUCGGAGCAAAAAAAUAAUGUCAUACGCGCUUGUAUUAGUUUCUUCAGCCGCAACUCUAUAAACGUCGUUUGCGGUAAGCCCAACCCUGUCGCAAGCCCUCGCGAACGCGAGUAACGCCGACUCAGUUCGAGAAAAUAUCAAAUUGCUGUCUUUUUCUUGGCUGUGUAGCCAACAGGAGGGGUCUUGAUACCCUCAAAACAGCGAAGCUUGCUUUGCAGAUGACAAGUAAGCUGCAUCGUUCCGUGACGGUCACAUUUGCGCGCACCAUUACGGUGAUUCAUUCCUUGCUACUCUUCCCUCUGGCAGAAGUAUCGCUUUUGUGAGAAAUGGAUUUAUAAGUAAACUACAUUUAAUAAUGGCAUAAUUAAAAAAAACCGAGACAUUUAAUAAGUCAAGGUGACCCUGGCAUGGGAGCAGCACGCCAGCCGACGCGUGGCCGGCGCUUCUGAGCCGAUGCAUAUUCGGGAGUCGGGUGCUGCCGGGCAAUCUUGUUCGAAUAAACCACCGCGCACAUUCAUAUAUUCGAAUUACCGGGCAUUUUCCCCCAUUGAAAUACACGUGGCCUUGCCAGGACCCGAGCGUCAGUUCAAAUUAAGAAAUUUUGAAUUAAUGGGAUUCCACUGUAGCAUUAUCUUAUCAUCAUUACAAGUCUUGUGUCAAAGGUGCACUAAAGUGCAAAAAAGUUCACCUCGCAGAAUAAAAUAUAUACCGUUACCUUAACGCCAGCGCAAAAGGAAUGUCAGUCAACCGUUGCGACUUGGAACAUUCUUGGGUUAGCUCACCGAAGGAAUGCCCCUGCGAGUUUUGACAACGGAGAUUUGUGUCCAGCUAUCGAUUCGAGCUAAUUUUGCAAACAUGCUUUCAUAACUUGUUUGCCUUGGACAGAGGCUAUAUUUGCUGUUCUGCAUCUGCGUUUGCCUCGUUUUUUUUUUUUUUUUUUCAUUUGCUUCAGUGUCGCAAAUGUAGGUUGUGGAAUCUAGUCAGGAACUGCCAUUGCCUCUCGAAACCGUACGUCGCCAGGAACACAUUUGGUGACCCACAACGCGCCGUCUCUUGCAUUGUAGCUAAGGUGUGACAGUCUGUCAGUGUUUUUUUCGCUGCUGGUACAUUCCAUUCGUUUCAUCGCGUCGAGCAAACAGGUUUGUGCACGUUGAAGGGGAGUUGGGGACCGUAACUCUCUGGAAACGGGUUGCGUGCGUCUUUGUCUCUGUGGUAAUUGCUGACUCAAAGGGUGCAUAAUAAGCUUGGCUAAGAUGCUCUUCUUCCGUUGUACUGCUGGGUGAAUGUAUACAUAGCUGCACGUUUGUAUCGGUGCAUUUCUCAUGGUUGGUCAUGCUUCGAAACACCAGAAUGUUUAGAGAGAUGUCUUGGACGCAUCGGCAGAUCUGUGCCGAGCUCUGCGAGCCGUGAAAGAUGCAUACCCUCUCCUCUCCUCUUUUGCAUGGGUGCACCUCGUGAUCAUGAUGUCAUAAUAGAUGGUGUGAGGUGCAAAAUAAGGUGAUGUGGUCGCGCCGCGCUGUGUUGGUCGUCUGUUUCUUUGCCUUCUCCUUAUUUUGGUUCUAAUCCUGCAAAGAAACAGUUAUCAUACGGGUUUUUCAUUAACUGUGCCAUUGUAACGGAGUGGUGCCAAAGAGAAAAUGUGUGCAUCCGCGAUCGAGCUGCGUUCCCUUUAGUUUUUUUUUUUUUUUUGUGCUGCUAUUUUUAAGGAACUGUUUGUGUUGUCCUUCAUGCUAUCUGUGUGUGUGUGUGUGUUUUUUUUUUUUUUUUUUGCUUGUGCCAUUCUUACUUAAAAGUCAUGUCUCAUAUUGCAGGCUUUCCAGUUGAGUGCACUGAGCUUUUUGUUGCAUUUGCGUCCCGUUAUUUUGGUGUGGUGUUCUUAAUAUCUGAGCUGGCUGCUUGCUUCAGUACACUCCCCAUCUCAGGAUGUCAUUACCUCGACAACAUAGCGAUAUCUAUGGGAAAAGAAGAAAAAAAAAACACAUCAAGCGUACUAACUUUUAAAAAACUUGCAUAAGAGACUCAUCAUCAGUGGAAUGAACGAGACAGCUACAUUUGAGCAAACGUUGCCGACACCAUUCAGUUCUGUCUUUAAAGGCACCAUUGAAUCAACAUCUCGUGGAUAAUGUUGCGUUUUUACCUUUUUUCCACAAAAGUCAUUAAAAGUGGCUUGAAUUCACAUUUUUAAACGUUUAGAUUUGGCACAAAAGUGGUGUGUUCAAGAGUACCAGUAGUGAGCUUCCCCUAAGCGUUGCAUGCUCCCUGUUGUUGACCCAGACACAUGACAAAGCACUUGUCGUGUAAAGCUACGAGGUCUCGGUCAUAACGUGUGAGACAUAAUAUGAACGGUCCAAGGUCCCAUUUGUAGCCAGUGUUCCGAGGCUCAGAAAAACCUCCAGGUCGUAAAGUUGCGUAACCCUGGAUGCUGGAACGAGAAGGUGUGGAGGAGGAUGACAGCGCAGAGUUUGAAAUGGUUUGCUCCCCAUUGCAGUUGUGUUAAUUUUUCUGAUGUUUCAUUUUGAUUUUGGAAGCUCGACUAUGUUACAGCAAGAGUGACGGAAGGAAGUUGUAACGAAUGUGAAAUCUUGCAUGAUCUUUGUUACGCUAGGAUUAUUGUGCAGAUGGGGCCCUCUUUCUUCCGCGUAAGAAUUGGCACCACCUCCUAAAAUUGUGAUGCGAGGAGAAAUGUAGGUCGCCAAUAUUGUACAGGAUUUUCAGUCCCAUGAGCCACAUAGGGGAAGUUGCUCAAAUAUAUAUUUUAUGUGGAACAGAAAUUACAGUUAAUUCCCAAAACUUAAAUGAAUGGAAAACCCAACAGAGGCUAUGUGUAUGGUACUGAAAUCUACAUCUUUUGUUAGUAUCAUUUACAGUAAGGCAGAAAAACAAACACUCUAUUACUAGUCAGCACAGGACUUGAUUGAGCACUCACAACUAUUUUAUUUCAAAUUUUUAUUUUCAAAAUUUCAUCACAGAAAGAAGCACAGAUUGGAAACACUGAUGGUAUCGUUCAUAUUAGGUUGUGUUGGUUGUUUUUUGAAGUUAAGCUUGCGACGUCCAGCAGGUAUUUUUGUAAACUGGAUUUCUACACGGCGUAGUGUCAUGUAAACAUGUGACAAGGAAGCACAGGGUGGUUUCUGAACAGCAGCACCGAUGUAUUUCUUUUUUUUUUUUUUACAACGAGGCUGUACUUUUUCUCUUGACCCGAACAUGUACCACAUUGGUUUAGUCGGUGCGUAAACUAGCCAGAUUUUUGUGCAGUGAAGCCGUAUGCUGAGUGAAAGGUUAAAUGUAUCCGGUACUCAGAUCAGUUUGCUGCUUUCCGGUAUGCUUUCUGUUCUAGCAUCGCAAGUGUAGUUCGUUUGGCCUGUACCAUACUGAUCAAAACAAGCUAGGAAGUGUGCAUCGUGCUAGACAUCACAGCAGCAUACCCAACGUGGAUACAAGGGUGUCGCCGUUGAACUCGACCAGCAGGAAAAUACGUUUUUUUUUUCUGCGUCAUGUACUUAAAGUGCGGGAAUUGCAUUUUCAGAACCUCAUAACUUAUGUCAUCGGAGUUGGUGGGCAACGUAUAAAAAUAUUCACAAAGAGACUAUUUCAUCGGAGGAGGUUGUGUGAAGAGCGGCGCUCCCAAGCACAAGAUAUUUAUUGUAAUGCUCUCACAGUUCUCGCAACUCAACAACAACAACAACAACAACAAAAAAAAAGGCUAUUUUAUGUGACCUCGUACCAGCUGUACAUAUGUAUAAUAUGGUGGUAUACUGUUGUGUGUUGGUAUAUAUCAUACCAUUAUGUGUACAUAUAUACAUAUGAAUGGACAUCUGAAGUUUGAGUCAGGUGUCAGUGCCAAUAUUAUGCUUCAUAAUAAUAAACCACUAUUUAUUUCUA